ACCAUAACUCUUUUUUCUCGAUCGGUUCAGAAAAUAUAAUGGCGAAGCAGCAGCAGGCCAGCUCGGAUUCGUCGAGCGAUGAUGAGCAACCAGGAAACGACGGCCACGUAGACGCCACCGUUUUGGCGCCGAAGGCGGUAGUGAAACGGUCGUACGAGUGCAGCUUCUGCAAGAGAGGGUUCACGAACGCGCAGGCGCUGGGCGGCCACAUGAACAUCCACCGCCGCGACCGCGCCAAGUCCACCAAACCCUCCUCCGCCUCCGCCGAUCCAGCAGCUGCCUUCUCCAAGCAGCAGCGGAUUAUUUACGAUUCUCCCUCGGUUUGGGAGGCUCAUGGCCACGUGUUCUUCCAGAAUCCGGGCAGCGGUGGGGCCGGGGGAGGGCAUGGGAAUAUGAUCAUCAGUAAUUCCGAUAUCGGACGGCCGUCGUCGUCCCACGUGGAGGCGCACGGUUACGAACUGGUGAUCCCGCCCGCACACGGGUCCGGCCAUCAUGGGCCCGCCGAGGAUGUGAGAUGGGGUGCGAAUUUGAGCCUUCGGGUCGGGUCGGGGCAGAAGCAGGAAGGUGGCGAAGAAGAAGAAGAAGAAGAAGAAGAACAAGAACAAGUGUUGAGCAAGAGGCCAAUUUGGAACGGUAGCAGCAGCACUAGUGAUCAGGACAACCUUGAUCUGGAGCUUCGGCUCGGCCAUCAAUAGCAUCAUCAUCAUCCCCGUCCCGUCCACGAGCUACUACUAAUGCUUUCUUUCUAUGUAGAUUCAUUUGGUUGUUGAUUGAUCUCUAAUCCGAUGUUAUUAUGAUUUGAGUACAGAUUAUUUCUCGUCCGAAAAUAUGGGUUUAUAAACAUUUGUUUUACUG